AUGGGCCCUGUGCCAUCCCGGUGGCGCGGCGCGUGCGAGCCGGGCGUGGCGUUUGCCGCCUCUACGUGCAACCGGAAGCUCAUCGGAGCGCGUUACUUCAACAGGGGUUUUGUUGCCGCGAACCCCGGCGUGGUGAUCAGCAUGAACUCAACACGCGACAUCCUAGGCCACGGCACGCACACCUCAUCCACCGCAGCGGGCAGCCCCGUGCCGGGCGCGUCUUUCUUCGGGUACGGGCUUGGCACUGCCCGCGGAGUUGCCCCGCGUGCUCAUGUCGCCAUGUACAAGGUCAUAUGGAACAAAAAGGGGCUUCCAUACGCGUCUGACGUGCUGGCCGCUAUGGACGCGGCAAUCGCGGACGGCGUCGAUAUCAUCUCCAUGUCAAUGGGCUUGGACGAUGUGCCGCUGUACGAAGACCCCGUGGCCAUAGCUGCUUUCGCCGCCAUGGAGCGUGGUAUCCUCGUGUCUGCUUCAGCGGGAAAUGCCGGCCCACGCCCCGGCAAUUUGCACAACGGCAUCCCAUGGCUGCUCACCGUCGCGGCUGGCACGGUGGACCGGGCAAUGUUCUCCGGCACCGUGUCUUAUGGCAACAACACGACGCAAGGCACCAUAACUGGCUUCACGAACUACCCUGCGAGCGCUUGGGUGGUGGACAAGAAGUUGGUGACCUCAGCGUGCAACUCAUCGGUGUCGCUAGCGAACCUAACAACGAGCAUAGUCGUGUGUCGUGACACUGGGCGUGUCUUCAGUCAACUGCUCGCCGCGCUCGAGGCCGGGGUCGCCGCGGCCAUCUUCAUCAGCUCGGAAGACGUGUCAUUUUUUCGGAACAUUUCUAUGGACACCAUGUCGCUCCCAGCCAUUUUCAUCAGCCCGGAAGACGCACCGGCGCUACUCAACUACAUCAACUCCUCCACAAUCCCAACGGCGACACUGAAGUUCCAGCAGACGAUCCUCGGCACACGGCCAGCGCCGGUGGUCGCCGCGUAUUCCUCUCGGGGCCCGUCGCGUAGCUACCCCGGCGUGCUCAAGCCAGACAUACUGGCUCCUGGGGAUAGCAUUCUCGCGUCGUGGGCACCCGUGGAUCCACAGGGAAUGAUAGGACAGACCGCGCUGGCCAGCGACUUCCUCGUCAUAUCCGGGACGUCGAUGGCGUGCCCGCACGCCAGCGGCGUGGCGGCGUUGCUUCACGCGGCGCACCCGGACUGGAGCCCGGCCAUGAUCAAAUCGGCGAUGAUGACCACUGCGACCACCAACGACAACGCAUUCCGCCCAAUCAUGGACGCUGGCGCCAGCCGCAAGGGCAACUCCACCGCGGCGAGCCCGCUGGCCAUGGGCUCCGGGCACGUUAGCCCCAACUCGGCCAUGGACCCGGGGCUGGUGUACGACGCCGGGCCGAAGGACUUCGUGGCGCUGCUCUGCGCCGCAAACUACACCGGAGCCCAGAUCGCGGCGAUCACUGGGUCGUCGACGGCGUACAACUGCUCCUCCUCGUCCAACGACGCGAACUACCCGUCGUUUGUGGCCAUCUUCGGCGCCAACGCUACCACCGGGGAGAUGCGCUUCGGCAGGACGGUGACCAGCGUCGGAGCGGAUCCGGCGACGUACCACGCCUCAUGGGAUUCGCCGAGCAACGUUGUUGUGGCCGUGACACCGGCAACGCUGGAAUUCGGCGGCGCAGGGCAGAAGGCCUCGUUCGAGGUAGACAUCAAGCUCACCGCGCCUACUCCCGGAGGCGAGCCUGCGUACGGGGCCGUGAUGUGGACCGACACCAGCGGCAAGUAUCGCGUGAGGACUCCCUACGUAAUUCUUUGA